AUGGCUACUCAACAACAAGAAGCAGGUCUCAAAGAGCAGCUUGCUCAAAGCAUCGAAGCACAAGGACUCAAAGUGCGUCAAUUAAAGUCUGCCAAAGCUGACAAGGCUGAAAUCGAUCAAGAGGUUCAAAAUUUACUCGCUCUCAAAAAGGAAUUGGCUCUGCUUGAAGGUGCCGACCCUGCCAAAAAGUCUAGCAAGCCUGCCAAAUCCAGCUUUACAUUAAAGACUGCCAAGGGUACCAAAGAUUAUAACGACAAAGACAUGGCCAUCCGUGAAAAGGUAUUCAGCACCAUUACCAAAGUCUUCAAGAAGCACGGUGCUGUCACUAUCGAUACUCCUGUCUUUGAACUCAAGGAAAUUCUUGCUGGCAAAUACGGUGAAGACAGUAAAUUGAUUUACGAUUUGGCAGAUCAAGGUGGUGAGGAGUGCUCUCUUCGUUACGAUUUGACCGUUCCCUUUGCCCGUUUCUUGGCUAUGAACGGCAAAGAAUACCAAAACAUCAAGCGUUACCAGAUUGCCAAGGUGUACCGUCGUGAUCAACCAGCCAUGACCAAGGGCCGUAUGAGAGAAUUCUAUCAAUGUGAUUUUGACAUUGCUGGUUCUUAUGACAGCAUGAUUCCUGAUGCAGAAAUCUUGAGAAUUUUGGUGGAAGCUCUUACUAACUUGGAGGUCGGCAAGUUCACUGUCAAGUUGAAUCAUCGCAAGAUUUUGGACGGUAUCUUUGAAGUGUGCGGUGUGCCUGAAGACAACAUUCGUCCCAUUUCAUCUGCUGUCGAUAAGCUCGAUAAAUUGCCUUGGGCCGAUGUCAAGAAGGAGAUGGUGGAAGAGAAGGGAUUAGCAGUUGAGGCAGCUGACAAGAUUGGCGAGUACGUCAAGCACAAGGGCGGUCGUGAUUUACUAGACAUGUUGAAGAAGGAUGAGGUAUUGAUGGCCAAUGCCAGUGCUGCUGCUGGUCUCAAGGACAUGGAGACCUUGUUUGACUACUUGGAAGUUUUUGAGGUCUUGGAUAGAAUGUCCUUUGAUCUCAGUUUGGCCAGAGGUUUAGAUUAUUAUACCGGUAUCAUCUACGAAGCUGUUACUGAAAAGUCUGCUCCUCCCAAGCUUGCUGAAGGUGUCUUGCCCAAGAAGAAGGAGAACGGAGAGUUGGAUGAAUCUACUGUGGGUGUUGGCUCCAUCGCUGCUGGUGGUCGUUACGAUAACUUGGUCGGUAUGUUCUCGGGUAAGAACAAGAAGGGUCAACCCAACCUUCAAAUCCCCUGUGUCGGUGUCUCCAUUGGUGUUGAGCGUGUCUUUUCCAUCCUGAUGUCCAAGCAAAAGGCCGAGGAAAUCAAGAGUAACGAAACCGAGGUGUUGGUUAUUGCUGUAGGUGAUGGUCUUUUGAAGGAGAGAAUGGCUAUUGCCAAGACACUCUGGGAUGCCGAUAUCAAGGCCUCUUACAUGUUCAAGAACAAGCCUAGAUUAGAUAAGCAGUUUGAUGUCUGUGAGAAGGAUAUGAUCCCCUUGGCCAUUAUCAUUGGUAAAGAUGAAUUAGAAAAGGGUGAGGUGCGUAUCAAGGACAUGAGAUCCAAGAACGAAGCUCAAGGUGGCGGUGUCACUAUCCAGCAAGCUGAUAUGGUCAAGGAAGUCAAAGCAAGACUCGAGCAAUUGUAA